AUGGUUCCGACCCAAACUAUUUUGCAGCCUCUUCAGCAGCAAUUGAUUAUGGAUCCAAAUGGAGCUGCUAACGGCCAACAACCGGCAUUUGCUUUUCAGGCUCCUGAUGGAAGUAUUAUUCCAGUUCAGAUCGCUGCAUCUUCUAAUGGAGGUCCGAUUAUGUUGCUGAUGCCAACUCAAACAACUGGCCAGGGUGGUCAAACUGUCUACACAACUCAAACUAUAGCGGCUGGAGGCAAUGCAGCUACAGCAACAAUUGAUGCUUCUGGUCAAGCAACGAUGAUCACCUCUGCUGUUGAGGAUGAGAACAACCAAGCAGCUGCUUUGCAGCAACAACAAGCUGCUCAACAAGCCCAACAAGUUCAGUUGGUCCAUCAACAAGGAGUUACCGUUACUCAGACUGCUGCCAAUCAGCUUCUCCAACAAACCGCAGCCCAACAAAGUAGUGCUCCUAUGACUUCAGUUGGUCCUGAAGAACCGCUCUAUGUUAACGCCAAACAGUACAACCGAAUUUUGAAGAGACGUCAAGCUAGAGGCAGACUAGAGGCUCAGGGUCGAAUUCCCAAGGAAAGGCGGAAGUAUUUGCAUGAAUCCCGCCAUCAGCACGCUAUCAAGCGUGUUCGAAAUGCCGGUGGUAGGUUCUACUCGGCAUCAUCCAGUUACUACGAUGAAUCUCAAUGA